CUUGUUUCUGCUUUCGGAGCCUCAACUCGGAAAUGUCAGUCAGCGUUGUUCCUGCGUCAUUUAUUAUUCGUGAGUACGUUUUUCACCAAAUAAGACACACCACUUUCUAUUGAGUAAUAUUGAGUAAUAUUCUUAAAAAAUGAUAAACUAAUAUGUAUACGGUAUAUAUGUGUGUGUGUAAACAGCAAGCUUGUAUAUGUAAGAAAGCAAAACACAAUGGGGAUAGAAAAUAUGCCCCCUACAUUCUCACUGAAAUCACUCGAAACUUACAAAAGUAACAAAAAAAAAAAAAAAAAAGAAAAUUAAACAAUCAAAAUCAGCCAUCAAUUUUGAAUUGUUGAUUAACAUAAUUUUUAAAAAAACAAACCAAUAAAACAGGCCCGGACAAAAAUGAUAGUACCUCAAUGAAAGAUUGAAAACUAUUUGACCAGAGUGACAUAACUCAGGUGUGUCCUUUAAUUCACAUCACAUGUGUUUUAUUUAUUGUUACUUUUGUAAGUUUUGAGAGAUUUCAGUGAGAAUUGUGGGUUUGUCCUUCUUUAACUGAGGGGUACCAACAAUUUUGUCCACCACUGUAUAUUUAUAUAUAUAUAUGAAGCUUAUACAGCAGCCAGACAUAGCAUUUAGAUUUACCUUAAUACCCUGAAGAUAAUAAUAAUAAAUAUAAAAAAGUUAAGCAUAAAUUACAAAAGGGGUUCAUAUAAAUAUACACUUUGUGUGUAAGAAGACCAAUAACCCCCUGUUGUGGUAACAAAAGUAAAAAUAAGUCUAAAUUGAUGUUCACAUUUUUCAAAUAACACUAGUCUGUUGUUUAUUUUAAAAUUACCAUGAAAAUAUGUGAAUUCCACUGUUUUGAGUUUUUAUUUGUUGUUCAAAAUCUUGAGUUGAUUUAGACAGGACGUCUUCAUGAAUCCAUCUGCUUUCCAUACCUGUUACAUCUCUCACGGAGUCACAGGGCUGCUGGAGCCUAACCUUUCUAAUGUUGGCCUCAGGCGAAUGUGGAAUACACCCUGGAAAGACUGCCACCCUAUGGCAGAGUGUAAUGGUGACACGGUAGAGUAAUUUGUCCAAUGUAAAUGUUCUCAGAAAUAAGAUGUAGUGUUGAGAUUUACUCUAAAGGUGUACUCAUAGAAAGUGCUUACCAAUAGGAUUUCAAGUGAUACUUUUUCACAGUAUGAAAACUCUGAACUUUUGCUUCACACAAAUAUAAAAAGAUUAAGGAUUUUUAAUUUUAUCUUUUCCUGAUACCUAGAUAAAAAAGACAACUAUAAAACAAACUUUAUCAUCAAGAUGUUUGAGUAUACAAAAUCAAUGUGCAAAUGAGAUGGGCAGUAUUCAAACUGAUGGGUGUGGCUAAAAAUGUUGUAUUUAAUCUCAAUCCCAGCCCUUUUUUGCACUGGUCUUCUUUGAUCAGUUACAUUUCCAUUUGUACUAGUUCUUGGAGCAAGAGUGCAAAACUUAGUUUGAACUUUAGUCUGUUCUUGACAAAAGAGCUUCAACACAAAAAGUAAAAUGGCUCAAUCAAGAGAACUUGGCAAGGUGUUUAAGGAUUCCAUCCAUGGUCAUGUGGAGUUACAUCCACUUCUUGUCAAAAUCAUUGAUACGCCUCAGUUCCAAAGACUGCGAAACAUCAAGCAGCUCGGUGGGGGAUAUCUUGUUUACCCAGGAGCUUCACACAAUCGCUUUGAACAUUCACUUGGGGUGGCGUAUUUGGCAGGAGUGUUGGCAAAAACUCUCCAGGAAAAUCAACCAGAACUGAAGAUUACUGUCAGAGACAUCCUCUGUGUGCAGAUUGCAGGUCUUUGUCAUGACCUUGGACAUGGACCAUUCUCUCAUCUGUUUGACCAAAUGUUCAUUGACCAAGCAUGUGAAAAUGAAGACUGGACGCACGAGAAGGCUUCCCUAGAGAUGUUUAGAUAUCUGGUGCAUGAGAACAACCUGAAGCCAGAGAUGAAAAAAUGUGGGUUGAACAUAAAAGAUGAUCAGGAGGAUAAAGAAGAUGAUCAGGAGAAUAAAAAAGAUGAUCAGGAGGAUAAAAAAGAUGAUCAGGAGGAUAAAAAAGGUGAACAGGAGGAUAAAAAAGAUGAUCAAGAGGAUGAAGAAGAUGAUCUGGUCUUCAUCGAGGAGCUUCUCGGAAAGCCUCUCAAGGAAAAUAAGAAUGUUUCAAAGGCUGAUUGGCCAUAUAAAGGUCGAAAGGUGGAAAAGUCUUUUCUCUAUGAAAUUGUGUCAAACAAGCUAAAUGGGAUCGAUGUGGACACGUUUGACUACGUUGCCAGGGACUGCCAUCAUCUUGGGAUCAAGAACAAUUUUGACCAUCUGCGCUACUUCAAGUUUGCCAGAGUGGUAAAGGUGGAUAAAGAUCCAAGAAAACACAUCGGCUCAAGAGACAAGGAGAUUUGGAAUCUCUAUAAUAUGUUUCAUUCAAGGAACCUUCUCUACAGAGAAGUCUGCCAUCAUGAAGUAACUAAUGUACAAAUCAUGAUCAAAGAUGCUCUCUUAAAGGCAAAUAUACACACUAUGUUUAAGGACAAAGAUGGACACCUGUUAACUCUUUCUGCUGCAAAAGAUGACAUGGAGGCCUACACCAAAGUGACAGAUCAAGUAACUGAAAAAAUAUUGCAGUCGAGUGGCGAGGCAAGGAAAGACUCAAGAAUGAUACUAGAGAGAAUCAUGAAACGAGAUUUGUACAAGUUGGUUGGUGAAGCCAAGGUGAGAAAACAUGAAACGAUAUUACCAAAGACGAUAAUUGAACGUCUGAAAGAACAACUGAAAGACGACCUAACACUUGAAGAACUUGAAGAAAUUAUGAAUGGCACACUGGAAGUGGUGGUGAGGGAAACACAAGUCAAGAAAUACAAACUAAAGGGGAAAGUUAAAGAUCUGAAACAACAACUGAAAACGGUCCUGCCAAGUGGUGAACAAAAAAAGGCCAAUGAUUACUUUGAAGCGGUGCCAAUCCAAGAGGUCAAAGAUCCCAUUGAAUAUACAUAUUUCUACGACAAAAAAAACCCACAGAGAGGAUUUACCAUGCCCAGGAAUAAGGUGUCCAACUUCCUCCCUGAGUGUUUUUGGGAACAAACCAUCAGGCUUUACUGGAAGAAAAAAGAAGAAACAUAUAAGGAUUCUACAAUUGAAAAGUUCGAGAAAUGGUGCAAGGACAACAAAUUUGAGGUCACUUUCAACAGUCCUCCAAAUGAAGCAAGUACAUCUGCAUCAGCAAGUACAUCUGCAUCAGCAAGUACAUCUGCACCAGCAAAUACAUCUGCAUCAGCAAGUACAUCUGCACCAGCAAGUACAUCUGCACCAGCAAGUACAUCUGCAUCAGCAAGUACAUCUGCACCAGCAAGUACAUCUGCACCAGCAAGUACAUCUGCACCAGCAAAUACAUCUGCACCAGGCAGACUCGAUGAAGACUGAUGAUGAUGGAUGCACAAAGAGUCAAAAAGACAAAAAGUCUUAAUGUGCAGGCUUAAAUGAAAGAAAGCGGCAUUCAAAAUUGUUAACUUGGCCUUAGACAUUUUUAUUGUCAUAAAAAGAAUUAUUUGUGUAUGAUUUUUCUUGAGUACCACUGAUGCUACAUGUUCUAUUUUAUUCUAAUGACCGUAGGUUUGCUCAGAAGGGGUAAUAGUUUUCAAUGUCUGAUCAUUUAAAACAGUUGAAUUUGUUAAGUGUCUGGUUGACUCGGAACAUUUUACUUGUAUUCCGUGUUUUAAAACGUUUAAUUUCAUUGUUAAAAAUCUUACUUUCAAAUGCAAAAAAAAAAGGUUUUUGCCAUGAUUAUUAAUAGGGGAAAUAUUAAUCAAAAGUAAAAAAAAAAAAAGUAAUUUUUCUUUAUCUUUUGAAACCAGAAAUAUAUAUUUGAUUUAAUAUUUUUCAAUGGAGUGAUUUACCAUUUAUCCUGUUGUUAGAUAGGUGAAAAGUUUAAAUAUAUUAUUGUAAUCAUAGAACAAAGACACAUGUUUAGAAAUUGAUUGUUUGAAGGAAAAUUACUAAACUUUAUUACUCACAUAUAGGAACAUUUAUUUUUCCUUAUUCGUUAUCAAGCCAAAAAACUGAUGUUCUCUAAUGUGAAGUAUUUUUUUCAUAAUCGAGUGUCGUGUGCUGUGAAAAUGAAAUAAAUUAAUUCAUUAAUUCA